AUGGCUCCAAUGAACUGCCUAGCCCCUGUGGAAGUCACAUACAGGAACAUGAGAUUUCUUAUUACACGCAAUCCAACCAGUGCAACCUUAAACAGAUUUAUAGAGGAACUUAAGGAAUAUGGAGUUACCACAAUAGUAAGAGUAUGUGAAGCAACUUAUGACACUGCUGUCGUGGAGAAAGAAGGCAUCCAGGUUCUGGAUUGGCCUUUUGAUGACGGCUCAUCGCCCUCUAACCAGAUUGUUGAUGACUGGUUAAGUCUUGUAAAGAGUAAAUUUCGUGAAGAACCUGGUUGUUGCAUUGCCGUUCACUGUGUUACAGGUCUUGGGAGAACUCCAGUGCUUGUUGCCCUAGCAUUAAUUGAAGGUGGGAUGAAAAAUGAAGAUGCAGUACAGUUUAUAAGACAAAAGCGGCGGGGAGCUUUUAACAGCAAGCAACUUUUGUAUUUGGAGAAAUACCGUUCUAAAAUGCGGCUGCGCUUCAAAGACUCCUGGGGUCAUAGAAACACCUGUUGCGUUCAAUAA